UGAUCUUGUCAAUCUAGACUGGCAAAUUUUGAACCUUGUCAGUGGACUAUCAAAUUUACACUCUCGCUGCUGGCAGAAUUCUGCGUCUAGUUUAAAGGGCGACCCCUCUUUCUGUGGCUAAAAGGCAUUCCCCGGAAAAAUUAUGCCAGUCUGAGGCAUUAUUUUGACAUGCAUUGAACUGACAUCUGCUGUAUAAAGAAACGUUUUCUGGCCUCGUCUUUUUUCUACGCUUUAGUUUUCGGUACAUGGUCCUUGUGCCCUAAGCCUACGUCAACCUGGAAAGGUUUGACCGUAUCAGCCUGAAUAUCGAAGGCGCAUCUGCAUUUGUUUACUUGCCGGUGCGAUCCCAAUGUAUAGGAAUAACGAACGAUAAUCGUCAGAACAAACCGACUACACGAUAGCAAUGAUGAACCUCAUCUCCAGGGGACUGAGGACGGCAGAUCCUCAUGCGGUAGUCGACGUACUGCUCCGGGGAAGAUCCGCCUCCGCACCGAGCAGCCCCAAGGAUAUUGAUCCUAUAUCCCCAGUGCUUCAUAGUGGCCUCAUUGCCAUCUCAGUGCUCGCAAUGAUAUCAUUGCUGGCAACAUUUGGUCUCCUCUGCUUCAUCACCUAUCGCUUCAUUUUCUGGCACAAAUACUACAAAAGAAACCUCACCACCAAUCAAUACAUUGUCCUCAUUUACAACUUGAUUCUGGCAGAUUUCAUACAGUCGCUGUCGUUCGUACUGUGCAUCCGCUAUGUCUCUGAUAAUGCUAUCAAAGCAGGCACAGCAGCUUGCAUACUACAAGGAAUUCUAGUGCAAGCCGGCGAUCCCGGAAGCGGUCUAUUCGUCUUGGUCAUUGCUGCUCAUACCUUCUUGCUUGUCACUUCGGGGAAGUUGGUGAAUCAUAUAUGGUUCACUAUUGGCGUCGUGGGAGUGUGGGUUUUCUUGGCCAUUCUGGUCAUUAUACCGAUGGCGUCGAAAGGGAUCGAUGUGAUGAUCCCCUCGGGUGCAUGGUGCUGGAUCGACUCCCGAUACGAAAACUAUCGCCUUUACACCCAUUAUAUCUGGAUUUUCGUGGCCGAAUUUGGCACCGUCGUUCUCUACGCAGUCAUGUUCUUCCACCUCCGCCGACAAAUGGCAAAUUCAUCGAUUCUUGCCGGUAGCCAAAUGGAAAGUCUAAAACGUCUUCGUCGCGUUGUCAGCUACAUGGUUAUCUAUCCACUCGCAUACGUCGUUUUAUCGCUUCCUCUCGCGGCCGGGCGCAUGUCGACAGCGCAGGGCAAGACGCCUAGCCUGGCAUACUUUUGCGUUGCCGGAGCCAUGAUUACAAGUUCGGGAUUCGUUGAUGUCCUGCUCUACACGCUCACACGUCGAAACUUGAUUAUCUACUCCGAUGCCAGCGAGCACCGUGAGUAUAAUAAUAUGGGCAGUCAUAGCCAGAGCAAAUCCAGCAAGGGACUUAGUCGCUUAAUGCCGAGUAAAGGGAAUGGCUUAACCACAAUAACUACAACCAUCACGAGCCAUGUCGAUAAUUCGGGCGAGGGAGCAUUUCGCCGUGGGCGAGGUAAUCCUGACCACGAAACGAUAUACUCAUCAGAUUCUCAUGAUGGCGACAAUAACACAUCAACUGAUAAUAUAGUCCAAAAAGACGUCGAGCUCGCUGAACUGGGCAAGGUUUACCAAAAGACGACGAUUGAAGUUACCAGUGAACCUGCUCCGUUUCAUCCAUCUCGGAAUUCAGGCGGCGCCGGUGAUGCUAAGAAUUGGUGAUUAUACCUUCAUUAUGGCUUGUUUCUUAUAUCUAUUUAAUUGUAUACCAUGUAUUUAUUUAGGCUUCGUUGGAGCAUAUGAAGAUCCGAUGAAUGACAGUUUAUGACCAAAUCAAUAACAGUUACUUUAAUAUUCAUUUUUAAAGUCUCAUACCAAUUCGUUGUAAGUUGUAGCUACGAUGCCAAUAUCUUGCUGAUGAAAUGAGCUAUUUGUCUCGUCCCGAGGUCUUAUUGCAAUCAAGCCCAAGCUAACGAUGAGAAUGAUUAUACAUUAUCGGUAGACCGGCUAUACCUCCAAGAGGUCAAACACCCAUUACCCUAAAGAUAACACUGUCAUUCAUCACGACAUUCAGUUGAACGGUAACAAAAAACGGGCAACAUAGAUCCUAAGCAAUGACGAUGCAGUGGACAACAAAGCUUUGUCCACGUUUCUGGUCGAUAAACUACCAAUUCGUCGCGACGAGGCCACACUGCAGAGUACGCCACUUGGAUAUAAAGCUUCAAACAGUCGCAUGCAGGAUACCAUUGUCGUUCCUUAUCCCGUAAAAGCUUGCUUCUCAGCUUUUCUGCGUAGCAUUCUCCGAUAGAGAACCAAUGAAAAUAGCCCCAACGUAACGAUGAAGACGAUACAGAACACGAGAAUAACCCCGGGAUUCCGGCUUGCCCAAUUGUGCCUUUUCAGUAACUCGUGUGCGUGAGACUGACCGUAUACCUUGCUUAUUGUGGCCAUUGCGAAUGAUUUAUACAGUGUCCAGCGUC